UUCCAUCCCAUCACACGAUCUCAGUCACCACUCUCCCAUCUUAACCCACAACAUAACAACACAGCUCACCCAACAAUCACUUCAUACCUCAAAGAUGACGAAACCAAAUGGAAGAAUAACAAUAAUCGGCUCCCUGAACACCGACUUCGCAACCUACACCCCACGGUGCCCACAAGCAGGCGAAACCCUCACCGCAACCUCACACAGCAUCUCCGCCGGGGGCAAAGGCGCGAACCAAGCCGUCGCGUGCGGCCGCGCCUCCUUCACCACGAAAACCACACAAUGCGCAAAAGUGAACAUGGUCGGCGCCGUCGGCGCCAACGACCCGUACUAUUCCGCCCUGAUGCGCCCACUCCUCGAGACCUCCGGCGUCAGCGCCGCAGGCGUCACAGAGAGAGAGGAUGCAAGUACCGGGUCGGCGACGAUAAUCGUUGAGGAGGUGACGGGCGAGAAUCGGAUUGCGGUUGUGCCGGGGGCGAAUCAUUUGGGGAUGGCGGAUCUGCAGGAGGUUGUUUCGAGAGUGGAGGGUGGUUCUGCGGCGGGAGAUACGGGGAGUCACGAGGGAAACGGAGAUGGGAAUGGGGCAAAGGUCGUGGUGCUGCAGGGCGAGAUACCCCGGGACACUGUGCUGGGAUUGCUGCGGCAUUAUAAUACUCCCCCUUCGUCCCCUGCCUCCGAGGCAGAGGCUACGGCUGGGCCAGCAGCAGCAGCAGCAGCACACGUCGUCUUCAACCCCGCGCCCGUCUUCCCGGAAGGAAUCCCCCUCGAUGCGCUGCGCGGCACAAGUGUCCUCGUCAUGAACGAGACGGAGGCUGUGCUGAUGGCGCGAUCGCUUGAGGGAUUCGCGGUCGCGCACAACGAUGCUGAGAUGGCGCCCGAGGAGCUGGCGCGGCUGCUGGCGCCGCAGUUUCAUACGCGCGCUGAUGUGGGCAUCGUGCUGAUUACGCUCGGCGCUAAGGGGGCGUUCUUCUCGACGCGCAGCGGGGUGUCUGGGUUUGUGGGUGCCGCGGCUGUGGAGAAGGUCGUCGAUACGACUGCCGCUGGCGAUACGUUUGUCGGGUACUUUACGACUGCGUUUGCGCGCUUCGUGGCUGAAGGAAAGCCGUUGGGAGAGUUUGAUGCCCUUGUUGAGGGGGCCGUUCGGACGGCGAAUCGCGCGGCGGCGCUGUGUGUGCAGCGCAGGGGCGCGAUGCAGAGUAUUCCGUUUGCGUACGAGGUUGAUGCUUAGGUGCCUUAGACUCUACUCUGUACUAUAGAUGACUGACAUGACGUUGGGUGUAUGGUCGGGAAAGGACGGGCUCAUGCAGCAGUGAUUAUACCAUUAUGCACAUAGACUAACCCACACCGUCCAUACUUAUUACAUUUCCAUCCACCGACUCGGCAUAACCCCGAAUCCUCACUCAUCCACUCUUCACCUUCGCUUUCUCCUUCUC